AUGAAUGUAACAAGUAUCAUUAACCGCGAAAAAAGAAAAAGACAGGAGGGAACAAGUCAUGUAAUUAAGAAAAAAUACAAGAACUGGAAUAUGUUAAAUUCUUUGGAAGGGAAUACUCAAAAUGGAAUUGCGUCCACUUCGUUCCGCACGAAGAAGGUACAUACAAGUGAGUACACACUUGAUGGGGUAGGCAACAUAUCAAGUAACCACUGCGUAAAUUACGAUGAUUAUAUUAGUCUAGACAAAGCGACUUCCGCUGGAAUGCAUGCGUACACACAAGAUGGUAGUGCUCUUGUUCCUUUUUGUAAUAAUCCCGACAUGAGUUUGGUCCACUCGCACGAGUCUCCGUUUCAUUUGGAUGUCGCUGUUGGAGGCGGAGAGGAAGUUUACCGACAGCAUGGGGAACGGGAAAAGCAAGGCUGGAAAAAUGAUCUGAACGGAAAUGGAGUGAAUAAACUAAAGAGGAUCAGGGGCAAAAAACCCACGAGAGGUGAGCUCAAGGGAAAUGAGAAGAAAAAAAGGGAAAACGGAGUAGGUGGUAGCCAUAGCGCCCAUAUCCGCAACAGGGGGCACACGAGCAACCAUAGCAACUGUAGCAGUCAGAGCAGAUGCUAUUGCAGCCCGUCCAGCAGUAGCUGUAGUAGCAGCUGCUGCGAUAACCGAAGUAGCGACUUCAGCGAAAGCCACGGCAGCCAGGACAGCUACGGCAGCUCAAGCCGCGCCUCCAAAGGAGGAAGAAACCAGAAGCGAAGAAAAUUCAGCGAAGGCAAUCAGAAACCGAGCAGCGGCGACUGCCUAUGGGAAGGGCUCCUAAAAAGAGAUGUGAUCCUCCUCCUAAUACAAGCCAUAAAAAACAUGGGUUAUAAAAAAUCAGCAAAACAUUUGGAAUUAGAAAGUGGUAUCGAACUGGAGCAACCAAUAGUGAAGGAAAUGCACAAGAAUGUCCUGGCAGGGAAAUGGAAAAAUGCAAUACGUAACUUGAAAAGGAUACGUGUAAAUAAAAAAAUCACAAAGGCAAUUUCCUUCCUACUAUAUGAACAAUGCUUUAUAGAAUAUCUAUAUGAAGGAAAGCACUUUGCUGCGCUCAGGUGUCUAAGAAACAAGCUAGCCAAGUUUUGCUUCGACGAGGAUACCUAUAACAGAUUGCACGAGUGCACAACUUUUUUUAUGUCCAUGAAUAAUGCCCACUUGAUAAAAAAGAGAAAACAAAAUUACCAGGCCAAGGUGAAGAGUUCACGUAAAUUACUGUUUGAAAAAAUGAAUCGCUUGCUACCUGAACACGUUAUUAUUCCUCCGAGGAGACUAGCCAUUUUGCUCCACCAGUCUCUGAAAUACCAGGUGGACAACUGCUUGUUCCAUAAUAACUUCUCCGACGUGAAGCGCAUAAGGGCGCUCCUGCAGGGGAAGGAGGGACCGGAAGAGUUGUAUACCGCCAACGGCGCGAAGGCUGCAGAUGGAGUAAACGUUACAGAUGUUACGGACUCAUCCGAUCCGAACGACAAAAUGCAGAAUAUGCCGCGAUGCAAGCUCACCCCCCCGUGCAGCGCAGCGUGCCAAGCCAAAACCUUAGAAUUCAAGAAAGAAGAAAAAUUAAAUGUUAAUAUACAGGUUGGCAGUGCCUCCAACCCAUGUAUAAAUACAAAACAGAAUACCAACCAGGAGGAUGAAAUGAACAUUUCUGUGAGGGAUAUCCCUAGGUACCACGAGAACGUGCGGGGUGCAUGCUCCAUGUAUUACCACAAGGCGAAUCCCAAGUAUAGCCAUGCAGACUUCGGAGGGUCAGACGCCUAUGUGAGCUUAGACGACACGACCGCAGAUAAGGGGAUUCCCUGCGAGUUCACCUCCAACGAAACCCUGUUGAACGAUCCGCCGCCUGAUAAGCCAGACAACUACACCAACACGACCACCCUCCUGUGGGAUGACGACCUCCUAGGGGAAAACCAGUUUAACAUAACCAGUGGCCAACCCGUAAGAAAGAACACAAAGCUGAAGUGCGUUCAGCUACCUAGAGAGGCAGAGGCGGCGCGCUUCGCACCAGACGGGAAGGUUCACACGCCUCUGACGAGGGAAAGCACGAGCAGCAGCGCAUGUGCCCGUGUCAAUGCUAGUGAGGACACACUAUUCACCAACCCCUUCCCUUGCCUCAAGGAAUCUAUCGUGAAAAACGCCAAGUCCACGGCAUGCAGAAAGUACGCGAAGGUUGCGAGUGACGGGCCCAAAAUAUGUACCCUGAAGGAAUCCAGGAGCGAACAACGAAAGGGAGAGGUUACACUGGGAAAAAUUCCAAAUGCGUUCAUCAUCGGAAAACAGAAAAUACAGCAGGGGAAUGGAAUUUCCGGUUCCAGUAAUAUGAUUAAUGUGAACGACGAUUUUACUAGUACCCAGGAGAAGGAGUUCUUAAUCGGUCAUGCUGGGGGAAAUGAAAGUGACGGAAGUACUACAAAGGGGGAGAGCGCGCCCCUUGAAGGAUGCAAGGGUGAAGAAGAGACACUGUAUUUUCAAACGGGGGAGGAUAUCCACAACGUGCGUCUAGAGGGGAAACACGGAGAAAGUGAAAUGCGAGAAGAGAGAAGAAGUCAAUUUACCAGACAAGACAGAGCUCACAGCGGCAUCUACGAGGAGGCUGACAGAAAAACAUUUCCCUUAUCAUUGCUGAAAAACCACCAAUGUAAAAAGAUAAAGUUGCCUUACUACUGCAUCAAAAUUUUGCAAGGUCAUAAGGAUGAGGUGUGGUACGUAAAUGUAUCGAAGAAUGGAAAGUACAUUGCGUCGGCAAGUAAAGACAAAAGUAUAAUUCUUUGGAAAGGCCUUUAUCCAUUUAACAAGCUAAGGGAAUGGAAUGGUCAUUUGGACGGAGUGAGUUACGUCGUAUGGAGUCAUAACAGUAAGUACCUAGUAUCGGGUUCUAACGAUUCUAAUAUCAUCAUUUGGAGUCCAAAAAGUAAUAAAAAAAAAUUAAUCUUGACAAUGCACAAUGGGCCUAUCACGUCUAUAUACUGGUCGAAGGAUGACUCUACCAUAAUAUCAUCUGCUUUCGAUAAAAAAAUAUAUUGCACCAAAUUGAACAAAGAAUUGAAGGGUUUUUCUAUCCUCUACGUCUGGUCCUUUAGUACAAGGAUACAAAAUUUUGUUUUCACCAACAACGAAAAGUACUUAAUUGCCGUUCCGUCUGACAAAAACGUACGGGUAAUUGAUUUUGCCCUAAAGAAGGAGUUAUAUAUUUUGCCUGAAUAUGAUACCAUCACAUCUGUCUGUGCUUCUAGUUUGUAUAACCAUAUUCUAGUGAACAUAGCUGACCAGAGACCCACUGUAAAAUUGUGGGAUGUGAAACAUAGGUACAUUAUUCAGACGUAUCGAGGACACAAGCAGGGGAGGUUCAUUGUGCACUCCACUUUUGGGGGGAAGAAGGAAGACUAUGUUAUUAGCGGGAGUGAGGACAGUUUAAUUUAUAUUUGGCACAAAACCAAGGGGUUCCUUCUGGACGUGAUUAAUGGUCAUGCGUCCACCGUCAGCAUUGCUAUAUGGCCUCUUGCGAGCUCCAAGUUCCCAUACAUGGUGUCCGCAUCGGAUGACCACACCAUCAUGGUUUGGAACGUGCACCCAAGGGCGACGACUAUCCGCAAGGAUUCCCGAAGACGACGUAAAAAGUUCGUCCACCCCUUCCUACGCGAGCUCGCCAAGUUUCGCCCGAUUGUGCGGUGA